AUGGCAAACUUGAUGACAUUUCUUCUUUCUCUACCACUCUUUUACUUCUUCCUCCUCACAACCUUUCUUCCACCUGCAACAUGUUUCAACAACCAAACAGACCAACUCUCACUACUAGCCAUCAAAUCCAGCCUCCAAGAUCCACAAGGAGCUCUCUCUUCAUGGAAUCAAACACUCCCCUUCUGCAGCUGGAGAGGCAUCCAAUGCCGCGGCAACAGAGUUGUCGCCUUAACCUUGUCGUUUCAAGGCCUCGUUGGAAACCUCUCCCCGCACAUAGGUAACCUCUCUCGUCUCACCAACAUCACCCUCGAUAACAACUUUUUCCACGGCCCAAUUCCUCCACAAAUCACUCUCUUAACCAAACUUCGGUUUCUUGAAUUUAGCAACAAUUCCUUCACGGGUGAAUUACCAAAAAACUUGUCACAGUGCCACAAUCUAGUGCAACUCGCUUUAGCUAGGAAUCUCAUUUCCGGAACCAUACCUAAUGAACUUAGCUUCUUGCCCAAACUCGAAGCUAUAAUCUUUUCAAGAAACCGAUUUUUUGGGCUUAUCCCUCCGUCUAUUGGUAACAUAACAACACUCCAAAGGUUGUCUUUAGGAGCAUGCCGUUUGGGUGGAGAGAUUCCCGAGUCACUCGGCCGCCUCCACCGCCUUGAAUUUCUUCAAUUGGGUGGAAAUGGUUUCACUGGUCUUGAGAGAAACCACUUUAGUGGGCCAAUUCCUAAUUCCAUUUCAAAUGCUUCAUUGAUUGAGUGGAUCCUCUUGCGCUCUAAUAGUUUCACUGGACCUAUACCAAAUCUUGAGAGGCUUACUUUGAUUCAAGAUUUCAACUUGCAAUCAAACUUAAUUGAAAAUGAUAUGAGCUUCAUUUCAUCAUUGACAAAUUCCACCAAAUUAGAGAGCUUUGAAGUUGGUGAGAACAUGUUAAGUGGUUCUUUGCCUGAAUCCCUAGCCAAUUUGUCUGUUGUUGUCAGUAUCUUUGAUAUACACAAGAAUAAGAUACAUGGAAACAUUCCUUUAGGAAUUGGAAACCUUGUCAAUCUUGAUGUGGUUGAUAUGUCUCACAAUCUUCUUAAUGGCCCAAUUCCCGUGUCAAUGUCAAAGCUCUCGAAGUUGCAUACCCUUUUUAUGGGAAGAAACCGACUCGGAGGCGAACUGCCAUCUUUGUUUGGAAACAUGACUCGUUUGAGUAGAUUCCAACUAGAUGGGAAUGAGUUUUCUGGAAAUGUGUCUUCCAGUCUUGGCAACUGCACCAACUUGUUAGAGUUAGACCUUUCCGAAAACAACUUCAGUGGUUUGAUCCCCCCAGAAAUUAUGAGACUUUCAUCCAUUUCCAUUGUGCUUAAUCUCUCUCACAAUGCCUUUGAGGGUUCUAUUCCAAGUGAGGUUGGUUCCUUAAUAAACCUCGCAGCUUUGGACUUGUCUAGCAAUAGACUGAUUGGAAAGAUUCCCACCUCUUUGAGCAGUUGUGUGAGCUUGGAACGCCUCUACCUCGAGGAGAACUUUCUUCAAGGAGAGAUUCGUACAGGCAUGAGCUCUUUGAUGGGCUUGCUAGAGUUGGAUCUAUCGCGGAACAAUCUGUCUGGUUCUAUUCCCUCGUUUUUGGGGAGUUUGAAGCUUCAGAAGCUCAACUUGUCCUUUAAUAAGCUACAAGGAGAAGUUCCAACAAGAGGAGUUUUUGCGAAAAAAAGUUCAAUUUUUCUUGAUGGAAACCAAGGUCUUUGUGGUGGAAUUGAAGAGAUGAUGUUCCCUCCUUGCAAAGGAGUAGAAUCUUCCAAGGAAAAGUUGUCCAUUUUGUGGAAGAUCUUGAUCCCAAUAUUGAUUAUUGGAGGCUUAUGCAUUGUGAUUUUAAUUUUCUUCAAGUGCAAGGAAUCAAACGGAAACCCUUGUCCUUUUGUGGAUACCAUUGGUGCCCAAUUAUUCAUGAGGUUUUCUUAUGCAGAUCUCGUUAAAGCCACAAAUGGAUUCUCUGAGAGUAACGUGCUUGGUUUUGGGAGAUUUGGGUCCGUUUACAAAGCUAUUAUUGAUGAUGAUAAUGACACAAUUGUAGCAGUCAAAGUGCUCAAUCUUGAUGUUAAAGGGGCCUCAAAGUCAUUCAUGGCAGAGUGUAGAGCAUUGGGAGGCAUAAGGCAUAGGAAUUUGGUGAAACUUGUAAGUGUAUGUGAUAGUGUGGACUUCAAAGGCAAUGAUUUCAAAGCAUUGGUGUAUGAAUUCAAAGCCAACGGGAGUCUAGACAAAUGGCUUCACAACAACGAGGAAGAAAGUGGUGGAGAUUUCAAGAGUCUUAGCAUAAUCCAAAGGCUUAACAUUGCCUUGGAUAUUGCUCAAGGAAUUGAGUACCUUCACUUUGGAAGUGGUUCAUCUAUUAUUCAUGGUGAUUUGAAGCCCAACAACAUUCUCUUGGAUCAUGACAUGGUUGCUUGUGUUGGGGAUUUCGGAUUAGCUAAGAUUGCCUCGAACAUACUUCCAUCGUCAUGUGAAAGCAGCGUGAGUUCCUUUGGAAUCAAGGGUACCAUAGGGUAUGUCCCUCCAGAAUAUGGCACGUUUGGCUCGAUAUCUAUGCUAGGGGAUGUAUAUAGUUUCGGGGUCAUCCUUCUGGAGAUGUUCACAAAUAAAAGGCCAACAAAUGAUUUAUUUGGUGGUGAGGUAAAUAUCCAUAGAUAUGUGAACUCCGCUUUGCCACAUGGAAUAAUGGAAAUUAUUGAUCCAGAAUUAAACACAAGAGCUUUGAAAAUGGAGUUUAUUGUUCGUAUUUUAAAGAUUGGAGUCUCAUGUUCAAAGGAGAAUCCAAGAGACAGGAUGCCAAUAAAUCUUGUUGUUAGUGAGUUGGCUGGUAUUCUAGCCCAAUGUAUGAACUAGAAAAGAUGUUUUUUUUUUAAGUCUUAAUUAUCUUUGGUUAUGUUUUUGGGUAUUAAUGCGCUGACUUGGAUAGAGUGUUCGUUUUCGUCUAUUAGUUGAUUGAAGUUUCUCACUCGCAGCUGCA